AUGUCCACAGAAGACGACCCCAUCAUCUCCUCCUACGACAUCACCCUCAACGACUCCGACAUCUCCCGCUACGUCCUGCAAUACCUCGACCGUCCCGCAGGCCACAACUACGAUGACCGGCACGGCCAAAAACCCACUUCGCUGCGCCUGAAGCCCCGCACGGGCCUUGUCGAGGUCGACGUCCCUGUGAACACGCGCGUUAACUACGAUGUCGAGAAGGGGUUGAGGUAUGGGGAUGCGCUGAAGAAGAGUCGGGGCGCGAGGGAGGGCGCGGGGUAUGGGAUGGCGGGGGGGUUUAGUGUUGCUGGUGGUGGUGGGGGGAAGGUGAAGACGGAGGGGGGAGCUGCAGGGAAUGGCGGGGAUGUGGAUAUGGGGGGCAUGGGGACGGGGGAGGCGAGUUUGUUGAGGGUUCAGACGUUGGGUGGGAGGAUUAAGAUUCCGGAGGAGGGGGAUCCGGUUUAUAUGUUGGCUGCUUUUAGGGAUGGAAAUUUACAUCUCUCGCCCGUGACGGCUGUCGUGCAGCUCCAUCCGCAGCUGCAUCAUCUGGAUGCGCUGGAUGAGAUCCCUGCGAAAGGACGAGGCGGGAAGGGAGCGCGGAAAGAAGGGGAGGAAGAGAGGCAGGCUGAGAGCGAAGCGCGGGCAAUCGAUGUCAAGAUCAAGGCUGCUGAGGAGGGCGGCGCUGCGGUGGUUGCGGGCAACCUGGACCUUUUGAAGAAGAUGCAGGAUGAGAAGUGGGGGCGGUAUGAGUGGGUUGAUGCUGAGACGGAGGAAUCGUGGGACGUGUACGAGAACUUCAUGAUGCAUCAGGAUGUGGAGAACCUCCCGCAGCUUGAGUCGGCGAUCAAUAGCGAGGAGUAUCUCGACCGGAUGAGUGCGCCUCGAAUUGAUCCUGCGCGGCCAGAGAUGACGGGGUGGGCGAUGAAGCAGAACCGGUCGACCCAGCGUGGGUAG